UGGGAUCAGUUCGGGUCGUGGCUGAGUUGUGCCCCGCCCAGAGCGACACCGUCCAUGCCGCCCAUCUUCAAGAGCCGCAUAGGGCAUGGCGGGCUUUCGACAGAAUUGCAGGAGCCCACCUCUAUGAUCGGGGCAGUGGGAGGAGGUGCUGCUGCGGCGGGAGGUCUGGCGUUUCUGCUCUGUCAGACCCACUGCCCUGGUGGCGUCACUGGAGCCAUUGGUGGCAUGAUGGGAGCUAUGAAUCCCUUGAGUCUCUUUAUGAAGAAAGAUGAGAAGGACGCUAAAGACGAAGAGAAUGCUGCCGAUGGCAUGGAAAAACUCCAGAAGCAGAUCAGUACGAUAGAAAGGCAGCUCUGCAGUAUGAAUUGCAAGCUCACCUCGAUGGUGGGAGCUGCUGCUGGAGCUGCUGCAGGGCACAUGUACAACAAGUAUCAAGCCAGAAGUGGCAAGGGUGGCGGUGGAAUGGGCAUGAGCCCCGGGAUGGGCGGUGGCAUGAGCCCUGGCAUGGGCGGUGGCAUGGGCGGUGGCAUGGGCAUGGGCGGCAUGGGAGGCUUUCAAAUGAUGGAUGCUUGGACAGCACCUCCUUUCUUCGUUUUCAUGAAGCAGCUGGCAGAUAUGCAGCGAGACGUCAACGAAGCAAACUCUCAAGUGCGGAAGUUGUGUUUUCUGCCAGAGAAUGAGGACUCAAAGCUCAAAGACAGACAGAUCUGUCGUGCCCUGGACUUUCUCUGACUGCUCGGCUGCUCGGCUGGAAUGAGAUUCGUUUCCUUUGAGUGGCAGUUGCCACGCAAUGCUGCUUCAAUUGGGCCAAAGUUAGUCCCAGAGUAGUGGAGAGACACAUGCGAUUUGCUGUGGUCGUUUUAGAUCAACCUCAGGUUUCUACGCAAGGUUUGAACAGUUUUUGAAAGCAACCAUGUCUAGCUUAGUCCUUUUAUGCCAUUGUUUGUGCACAUCAAAGAAGCACUCUGUCUCACCAAGAGCUGUUCCAGAACAGCUUUGCAGGU